CAGCAGAAUCCGAGGUUCAAAGUUCAAAGGGGUGUGGUCGCUUACCUGGUGCCUGGAAAAUGGAGACAGGGUGGAGAUUGGUAGGUGGGUCUGUGGCAGGAGGGAGGAUCCUCCAGCCCAGAGUCCAGCUCCAAAAGGGUGGGAGAGGGGAGAGGUGAAGGAAGAGAGCAUCCAGAGGCUGACCUGGGAGGACACACACGCAGAUACACAGCACAAGAGAGAGACGGGCACACAUGAAGGAGAAAGACAAAGAAGGGGCCGAUGGAGAAGAGGAGAAAGAAGGUAGACAGAAGAUCAAUUACAGAUGGACCCAGAAAACACAAGUGACGGCGAUUCGGAGGCAGAGAGACCAGCCUUCAGAGAAAGAAGACAGACAGGACCCUGGGCUGGGACCAGAAAAGGCCUGGGGGGUGGGCAGGGUGCCCAUGUGGCCUCUCUGGACCAUCCUUCUGCUGGUAUGGCCCUUGGGAGGCCUAGGAUCACCCCUCUGCCCUCGGGAGCCUUUCUACUUCCUUGUUGCCAUCAUGAAGAUGCUGGGAAACAAAAAUGAUGGCACUCUCUACACCCCUGAUGAUCUCUCGGUUUGUCCUGCUGAGACUCUGGGAUGCUUCCGGCUGGAGCUUUCUGUGAUCCAGUUUGAAGAGGGCCGAUCCAUGGGGAUUGCUGUGUUCCGGCUACAGCGUUUGCUGGAUGCAUUGGGGUCCCGGCUGUGGGUGACUGGCCAGGGUCCUUGUCCACCCUGUGAAGGACAUCCCCAGAGACCCGUCCCCCUCUUUCUGGCCAAGCUCUUGGAGUUAUUACAGGGGGCUUGUGCUAGGCACCUGCCCUCAGCAUGAGCCUGGGAGGACACAGACUCCCUAGUACUGCCGGAGGGCCCGGGAGGUGUGAGACAGAGGGCACUUGGUCUCCAGUCCCAGCUGCCAAUCCAAAGCCUUCUCCUUCUGGGCCAGAGGCCCCCAUCUGGAGCCCAUGGAACCAAGGGGAAGAGAGAAGGAGGAAAAUCUGAAGCCUGAAGUCUCUGACCUACAGGGGUAGGGGGUUAGGUAAAUUGGCCCCCACCUGCCCCUCUUCUCCAUCUGAGGUACUCCCUCCUCUCUCCUCUUUCAGGAAGGGACAAAGCAUUGCACAGGUGUCUUCCAACCUCACCCCACCCCUACAGGACAGGGAGAGUCUUGUGCCUCAUGUCCCUGGCUGCAAAUAAUUACCAUCUGGAGAGCUUUCGGGUGACACUGAUGGUUAGGCUAGAUGUUGAUAAUUGGUCUCUGGUGCAUCCUGAACAGCUAUAGCUUGAAAAUCAACUUUAUUGAAAAUACAACUUUAUUGAUGUGUAAUUUGUUUACAGUAAAAAGCAUACGUUUUAAACGUGCAUUUCAAUGAGUUCUGACAAAUAUAUACACACAGCCACAUUUCCAUCACCCCAAAGCAUCAUCCCUUAUGCCCCUUCCCAGUCUUCACGUCCAGUCGUAGACAUCCAUUAAUCUGCUUCCUGUCUGUAUAGAAUUAGCUUUGCCUCCUCUAGAGACUCAUAUGAACGGAAUCAUACUAUACAUAUUCUAGUGUCUGGCUUCUUUCACUCAGCAUGAUGUUUUUGAGAUUCACUCACAUGCAUAUCAGCAGUUUGUUACUAUUCCAUGGUAUGAAUGCACCCGAAUUGGUUUAUCCAUUCUCCUCACGGUGGACAUUGGGUUGUUUCCACUUUGGGGCUAUCGCACAUCUCUCUUCUAUCUUCUUACAUAUUCUUACAUAGUGGUAGGGUUGAGAACCACUGAGACACCAAGGAAGCACCUUCUACGAGGAGAAAAUUACUGCUCCCUCACUUUCCCGGAGUAAAUAGCUUUCUGCAGCAGUGUCAAUAGGCAUUUUACAUGUGGGAUCCUAUUUUAAAGAGCUGGUGUUUAAAAGAAUCAAACUUGGGGGCACCUGGGUGGCUCAGUCGGUUGCAUGUCCAACUGUUGAUCUCAGGGUCACGAGUUCAAGCCCUGCAUUGGGCUCCACUAGACGCAUGAAGCCUAAUUAUUAAGUAUGUAUAAACAUGUGGGUACCAAGCUCAUAGAAGGGAAAACAUUUUUAUAGAAUGACCAGCCCCUCCCCAGUCUGUCUUGGGUUCAGGCUGAGAUUGUUGGAUCAAGGAGUGUGUGCUCACACAGACACACCUGUGGUGUAUUCAUUCCCUGAUAGUGUCUUGUGAGCCCACUGUUGGCCUGACCACACCAUCUUACUCUGUAACCAGGUGCAUAUUAAAUUUCUGUAAACUGAAUCCAGGUGUCUCAAUGCUUAUGCAAGAAAUUUUAGCAAUGUGUUUUAAAAGUUUCUGAUUGGGGGGGGGGGGCGCGGUGCCUGGGUGGCUCAGUCGGUUGAGCGUCCAACUUUGGCUCAGGUCAUGAUCUCCUGGUCGGUGAGUUGGAGCCCUGCAUCCUGCUCUGUGCUGACAGCUCAGAGCCUGGAGCCUGCUUCACAUUUUGUGUCUCCCUCUCCCUCCCCGACUCAUGCUCGCUCGCGCGCGCUCUCUCUC